ACUGAGAGGUGAUAAUUUGUUGAGGUCAAAGACGCAGCCGAUAGACGGGCUUCAUGUGACGGUUUAAUGUUGAAAGAAGACGCGAUGUCUGUGCUGUUUGACGGGAGUUCGCUGAAAGCGGCGCACAACACUCUGAGCACCCAAGAACUGGCACAGGAGAUCAAGUCUUUCAUCAGUGGUGUGGACACUGUACAGGGACGGAAGCUGAGCGUUCGAGAACAUGCCCGGUGUUCUGUGCGGCUGCUGCGCUCUGUCCCGGCUUGCCGAGAGGCCGUGCUGGAGCAUCUGAGGGGCGUGUAUGAUGAUCAUGUCUCUACUUUCCUGCACAACUUGGAGACAGAGAGUGAAACUAAGACCGGGGUCACCUCCAACCUGGAGGACAUCUACAAGGAGGUUCAUGGGGUGCUGUCAGAAUUUAUCCGCCUCAAUCCUCGUGCUUGGGCCCCCCUGGUGUCCACCUGGGCUGUGGAAUUACUGGGUCAACUAAGCAGUAAGCAUGCAGGGCGAAGGGUUGCACCCCACUCCUCCAGCCUCAAUGAGCUGCUCCAGCUCUGGAUGUCAUGUGCCGCUACCCGUUCCCUCAUGGAGACGUACUCCCAGUGUUUAGCUGCCAUGUUGGCCUGGUGCCCCGAUGCCUGUGUGGAUGCGCUGUUGGACACGUCUGUUCAGCAUUCUCCACAUUUCGACUGGGUUGUUGCUCACAUUGGCUCUGCUUUCCCUGGGACUAUCAUCAGUCGCGUCCUGGCUUGUGGCCUCAAGGACUUCUGCUCCCAUGGCAGCAAGGACCAAGGGGUCCUGGUGAUGGGAGGCGAUAAAGGCAACAGAGUGCCUAAGAUUGGUUCAGUAGUGGGAAUCCUGGGUCAUCUUGCAGCACACCACUCAGACAGCAUCCGGAAGGAGCUGCUCAGGAUGUUCCAGGAAAGCCUGAGCCCUUCAAGCCCUCUAUCUCCCACCUCCUCCUCCUGGGAGAGUUCUCCUCAGCUCCGUCGGGCUUCGGUCCCAUUUUUGCUGCAGCUGGCUGCAAUGUCCCCUGAUCUCUUUGGCGCGGUGUCUGCAGAGUUAGUUGAGCUUUUGCGUCCUCCUGUCCUGCUCCAGCUGCAGGCAUUGCUGCAGGGGCUCCCCAGAGAAGAACUUGAUAACAUGCUAGGUCUGGCUGUGCACCUUAUUAGCCAGAGCCCAUCAGGAGGGGCUCAGGUCCUCCGUUUCUUGGCAGACACUGCAACUCCAGCUUCUGUCAUCAUCUCUGGCCCUACACCAUCUCCUCAUGAAGGUGUCAGAGAAGGCUGUGACCGUCUGCUCCAAAUGCUGCUUCUGCAUCUCCAUAAACUGGUCUACAACCGCACGGAUGGAGUGGAAAGCAGUCCUCAUCACUAUGCACCCAAGAGGAUCAUCCCCUUUCUGGAGGAGCUUCAGGCGCAUGUAGGUGAGCUGUGUGCUGAGACAUUGCGACUGGAGAGAAAGCGUCACCUCUGGCUGCACCAGUUGCUGUGCCUGCUCGCCGUGUAUGGUGGCCCCAGUGUAGCCACCGAGGCCCUGUGUCAGCUCCUCACCCAAGCUCGCAACCCAGAGGAACUGGUUCUGGCCUGGCAGCUUCACACCACGCUGUCCUCUUGUAUGGCAGCGCUCAUUCCUGCUGCUGUAGCCCGCUGUGUGGCCCAGAUCCAUACAAACACCCUCAGGCCCCGGCAGCUGAGGCAACUGCUGCUUAAUCUGGCUGUAGCCAUUCAGAGCCAGGAUGAGGAAAGAAAAGGAGCACCAGGUGCACAAUCCUCCAUGGCCAUUCAGGUAGGCUCAGCCGGUCCUCCGGACACCUCCAUGAUUUUGGUCCUCUUCUUUCUCCAUGGUGACCCGGCUGUAUCUCAUGCUGCAGUGCGCCUCCUGUCCUCGAGCCCUCUCCCACGUACCCUCCUCCCGGCACAUCUGCUGCUGCUCUCACGUGCUGCCGUUACUCAUUUCUUUCUGGCUUUGCGGAGGAGAGGGAGAAGGGGUAAGAUGGCACGGGAUGGGGUUCAGGCAGAUGAGGCAGUGAACUGUUCAGUCCUGCUCCUGUCGCGUUUUGCAGCAUACUCUCCUCUCACUCUCAAGGCGGUACUUCAGCAGCUGGUUGAGGAAGCGCUACAUAAAGGGAACGCUGACCUUUUUGGAGCGCAGAUCACAGAUAUGGCUGGUGCCCCUUUGCUCCCAUCAUCUUUGUCCCCUGACAUCGGAGCCUCCCUGUUGGAUAUUAACAGUCGGUUCGGUACCACUGUCAACUUUUCGGGCAGUGUGUGGUCUGUCUUCCAUGCUGGGGUAAUUGGCAAGGGUUUGAAAGGCCGUGCUGCUGCAACUGUUCCUGAUCCUUCUGGGGUAAUCCAGAACAUCCAGACUCUACUGACUGUGAUGGUCCAGUGCUGCAGCUCCUCUGGUCUCAACACCUGUAUCAGUGGCUCACGACAACCACCAUCUGAUCCAGAAGAGCUUCCAUCCAUCAAUGCAGAGGCGGCCAAAGUCGUGGCCGUCACACUCGUGGAAAAUGUCUGUCAAGAUGUGGCCAACGGUGAACUGUCCUGGCCCCCAGAAGAGCACGCCCGUACCACUGUAGAACGAGACAUCCACAUUCGGCGUUGUUUUGAGACCCAUCCUGUGCUUUUCCCUCUCCUUCACGUGGUGGCAGCAGGGCGGCCAGCACUUUGCUACUGUUCAGCUGUCCUCAGGGGCCUCUUAGCCACUCUGCUAGCCCACUGGGAGGCGUCCCGUGAGACUUUGGCAGUGGAUUCACCGUGGCACCUCCAAGCCUCCUGCCUCCUGGUAUCCUGCAUGGGAGAGGGUCAGCUCUUGCCUCCAGUGCUUGCCAAUGUUCAUGAGGUAUUUGCUUACCUCACACCCUUUGAGGUGAGGCUGCUGCUGCUGGCUGUAUGGGAGUAUGUGAGGGGCAAUGGCCCUAUGCCUCAGAAGUUUGUCUUUAACCCAGAGAAAGGGCUGUUCUGCAGAGAUUUCUCACGGGAUGGUGAUGUGGCGAGAUACGUGGCACCAAUUCACAGUGUUCUGCAUAAAAACAUUGACAGACUGGGGCACUUCUGCUGGCGCUUCCAGCUUUGAGAAGUAACAUGGAGCAAACUGUGGCGAGCAGGGUUACUGAGACUGAAGAUGGUGUAAUAGAAUACAGCAUUGGGCCAAGAACAGUGACUGCAAAGUUGCUAUUAAUGUAUGUCUGUUUCACUAAAGCAUGUGUACCUUUUGUACCAUAUUUUUUUAGACUUGUUACUCGUCAUUGUGACACUUAAAAGACAAACAGUAUUG